AUGGCGUUCAGGAGGAAGUACAAAGCCACGGACGAGACGCCCUCGUCGCAUUACUGGCGGAUUAUGCCGGGGGAAACCAAAGAGGAGCGAGCGUAUUCGUGGCGGACGUUCAGGGAACACGCGGUGAGAGCCGUCGGGUCGGACGCGUCGGACCAGGUCAUGGAGCAUCUCCAGCACGUCCUCGACGCGCAGGUCAUGGAGGUGCAGUACAAAUUGUCGCCAAAGCGAUGCCCCCAGUGGUGGGCGACUGCGAUGGCAGAUAGCAUUACAUCCUUCCUGAGGGCGGUAGCAGGAGAGCAGACGGACUUUCGCAAGCCAUCGGAUGCAAUGGUGAUGGCAGAACGGGUUGAAGCGUGGUCCGAGGCGCAAGCGGUGCCGGCGGAGGGGGGCGGAGGUGCGUGGAAAUACCAGGGCCCGCCGCGCUAUCAGAAGCCGCCUACUGUGCAAGGGGGUGUAUCCGUGUGCUUCGAUUUCAACGGCCAAGGUUGUGAUCGGAAAAGUCAAAUCGUGACGCUGCAGUGUGUCUUCUAUCUCAUUCUGGGCUUGCUGGCAACCGUAACGGCCCACGCCGUGGACACUGAAGCCGGCCUCGAUUUCCUUUUUGCUGAAGAGUCUCUUGACAUCUGGCAGUUCUAUGGUACCUUCGUCACGGCUUUUUUCCUGACGGCCCCUGCCAUUGCCUUUGCUUGUCGCCGCGCCCCACAGUGUCUGGACUUUGCCUCGACAAUUUUUCUGCUUCAUGUGGUCAUGUGUGGAUUUUAUGAUGGCAUUCCCCGACGGCUGCGUUGGUGGUUGCUUCAAGGCACCGGCGUUGCCAUCAUGGCCCUACUGGCCGAGUACACGUGCAUUCAGAUUGAAAUGCGCAGCAGCAUUGAGGUGGAGACGCAGCCGCCAGCCACCCCUUCCAAAACACGUAGCGUCAGCUCCUUGCCCAUUUAAACAUUCCAAUUUGGCAGGCAUUAGCACAGCUGAAAGGCUCAGACAGUAUCGGAGCUUGUGCGGCAGAGCCGCAAGCUUUCGGUCGUUUUUCUUUGUGUCUCCCCACCGGCAGGAUUGUUCUAAAUAUCUUACCGAGUUCCCUUGUAAUUUAGAUCUUGGUUC